AUGUCAUUCGAACAUACCGAAUUAUAGCAUAAUAACAUAUUAUAAUAUGAUAAACAAAUUAGAUAGAGUUCGGUUGUUCGGUACAUAAUCAUUAAAUAUACUUAUACCUACUGUUUUAUAUAGCCACAUAAUAAUAAUUAUAAAAACAAUUUCAAAAAAUAGUUAAAGAUACGAAUCGAGGACAAUGACGAAAUGAAAAUAAAAAUUACAUUGCUGUACCCAUAUAAUGCCGGGCUCACACAUUUCGUUUCUGUUUUUAAAAACAAUUUAGAUAGUCUCAUUUGUGUUGGGAAAUGUUGAGUUUAUACUUUGUUUUGUUAUCUUGUCCUGAGAAGAACUAGGCAUAAACUAUAAUAUUCGUUGGUAAUUUUUGUAUGUAUAUAGAUAUUAGUAAUUGAAGCCAAAAAUUGAUUAGGUAUACCUUCGCAAUAAACUCCACAUUUCUACCUUAAAAAAAUCCGAAGACAUUAUGAAGCAAUUAUUAUUGGUUUGGAAAAUAAUAAUAUUAUUUCAAUGCAAACCCAGUAUCUGUAUGAGUGAUGUCAGCCUUAUUUCGAGUUUAAAAUUUGGCGAAUACAAAUUAAUCUUCAAGCAAAUAUUUAAAUGUAAUUCCUCACAAGUAUAUAAAAUACAAUUUAACCAUUACAUUAUUCCUACGGCCAAUUCAACGAAAUUGAAAGGCAAUAUUACAAUGCUAAUCCCAUAUGAUGACACUAUGUCCAUUGAAAUAAACAUGGCUAUGAGAGAUUCGUUUGGGAAUUGGAAAGAUAAUACGAUUAUUCAAAAAUCACCUAACGCUUGUUCGAAGAUCAAGCUGGGGUUUGGGAACAGUUGGAACAAGUACUUGAACAGUUUUGGAAUAAACAACACUGCUUGUCCCAUAUCUCCAGGUAUUUAUACAGGAGAUGGUGUAGACACCUCAAUGUUUAAGAACACCAAUUUUCCUCAAACAUAUUUUUAUGGAACACACAAAAUCCGUCUUUCACAUUCUCGUAAAAAUGAAAUACUCGGCUGUAACGUUUAUGUUUUAGAAAUUAGGCGGCCUUAAUAGUUAUGGUGUUUCCUUCGAGUUGCGUCUUCAUAAUAAUAAUAUAUAGGUGUUUUCGGAUAUGAUUCAACUAUCAUGAAAUAAUUUAGUCGAUCUAUAUUUUUUUUAUUUGAUUCAGAAAUGCAAUAUUGUAAAAUAUCAUACAAAAUAAGAAGCCCAUUUGUUUAACACUUACAUUUUAGCCAAUAACAGAACAUAUCUAAUAAAAUAGGCACAUAUAUAUAUUAUAAUACAGUUGGUAUAUAAAUGUGUUACAUAAUUUUUUUUCUGUCCAUGUAGCAAAAAUAAAAUGUAUUAUUUUAAUGGUUGUCAAUAAUUAAUCUUGCACGAAUAUGUAUUAUAAGUAAACGCAACUUAUGAUAA